GCGGCCCGAGCGUUGGCAGGCGCACCCGCGUACUCUCCCUCGGUCGUCGCCGCGGAACGAGAGGCGGACGACGACGGCUUCAGUCGGCACGCGGCGUCGCGACGCUACUCGGCCCCGCGUGCAUCGCAUGCGUUGGAUGUGCACUCGUCAUGUGUGCUGGUCGCCUCUCCCUGGACGCUCAAUGAGACCGUCGAAUUUUCCCUCGCACAAAUCGUCAUCUCGCAACGAGUGGUCCGUCAGUCUCGACUGUUAGAUAAUUAGAGAGGGCUACGGGGACACUGAAGCCAUCGCGGAAGAGUGCAGCAUCACGAUCGUUGAAUCGAUGAUCCAACCGUCUCUCGGGAAGCAAGCAGAUAUGACAAAGUCAGAGGAGUGAACGUAAAGAAUUAAGUGAAGUAAGUGUGUCAAAGCACAUAUUACGUUCUGUGUGUCUCUCUUUUUAAUGGAAAACUUAACUAAACUCGAUAUUACGGCAGCUCCUGAUAAUUAAAUGAAUCAGUUAUCCCGAUCAAAUUGGAGCACUUCCGGCGCAUAUCACGAGAAUUUUGCCAAUAAGCUUCAGGUUAUCGAACAUGGAAAAUCAUCAUAGUAUCACAGAGAACACACUGAAAAGUAAAAACGUUGGACAACGGUACCAGAGCAACCGGUCACUUUAAGAGCGAGUGAUCUCGUUGUGAAUCGUUCGUGCUUUUGAUGCGACGUGGCAGCCUGGAAAACUUCGCAUCAUGACAUUAUACGGAAGAAAACACAUCUACGACAAACAGAAUUUGACCUAAAGAAGACUGCGUAGGCGAAGAAAAGUGCAGAGCUUUCUGUUGCUGCGAGAGCGACAAUGUCAACACUCGGACACGUCACGGACACGCCGUUGCCGUCCACCACUCUUGCUGGGGAACUGACGACCACUCUUGUACCUACCGUCACCAGGAUAGACACGCGACUGGAUGUCAGCCCCGUUUCGGUGGUCCUGGCAGUCUCCAUAGUGUGCAUUUUGUCGCCCAUCACCGUUACCGGCAAUUCCAUCAUCCUGGCUGCCUUCUAUAGAUAUAAAAGGCUCAGGACCGCCUCUAAUUGCCUUCUCGUCUCAUUGGCCAUCAGCGAUUUUGGGGUCGGUGUGUUUAUGCCCUUCGGGAUGCAGCUGGAGCUCUCCGGUCUCCCGGAAAAUGGCGUUUCCGCACUUUGCAUCGUGCCGUAUUGCAUCGUGAUCGCGCUUUGCAGCGUGAGCGUCCUGAUGACCGUUGCCAUUGCGGUGGAUCGUUUGACUUCGCUGGCACAACCGCUGCGAUAUAAGAACAUCAUUACUCACAGCAGCAUAGAGAAAUAUAUUGCCGUCUUCUGGAUAUACGCGAUCGCCGUCGGCCUCUCACCCCUCAUCUACGCCCAAAUCACCGGUAGAAUGCAAUCGAACAGUGGAGACUGCAGGUUCGACGCGGCUGUGCUACCUCCAGUCAGGGUGUUUCUGGUCGUGGCAGUCUGGGCACCGAGCGCCUUGGUCCUUCUCGGUUGCUACAUGUACGUCUACCUCGUCGCACGUGCACAUGCACGCGCGAUUUACACGGUGGAAUUGUCGUUCAGACAUCAAACGCAGACGCUGGCGCUGCCUCGUUACGGGCAGACGUUGGCAGUCACAGUCGGCGCGUUCCUCAUCCUGUGGUUGCCGUUUCAAACUUGCAUGCUAGUGGACAUCUUCUGCGGCACUAACAUCUUAUCAGAGUGGGCGGUGGUAUGGCUGGGUCUGCCAAUCCUAGCGCACAGCAGCGCGAAUCCCUGGAUCUACGCCUUUCAUCACGGCGAGAUGCGCGUAGCCGCCGGAAAGAUCGCCGAGGACCUAGUCGCUCUGUUCGGCGUGACGCCGAGCCGAUACGGCUGCUCGCCAACUAGACGCGGCACCAACACGCAUCUCGAGCUGGCCGAGGUGAACAACGACAGCAACGAGAGCCGACAGCAUCCGCCCGUCGAAGAUUGCUUCGCCGCGAAGCAUAACAUUCUUUACGCCAGCCGAAGGUGCCUGGAAGUGUCGGGCAAGCAUGCCAUCUCGCCCGAAAAGAAUGACAUCGACCACGCGGCGUCCUGUAGCAGCCGACCGGUUGAUAUCAUCGAAGAAAACAUCCACGAUCUCACGAAGAUGCUUGACCCGAAGUACAUCAUCGACCGAAACCACGUGAUCGAUUCUAAUCACAACAUCGACAAGAUCAAGAAUCUCAAGUACUUGCUGGACCCAACCUUCAACAAGAUCAGGCACCUGCGACGGCUGAAUCACAAACGGGUAAACGGCAAGAACUUCCCGCUGAUAUCCGAGCCGAAGUUCAUAUCUUACCAGAAUCUGAAGAGCGACGGAGCACAUGGCAGUCGCAAGUUUCUUCAGCUGAACGCGUUGUCGGAUCCGAUGCUGAACGCCGACACCCCCGUGAUGGACACCAAGGACUUGAACGAAACGUUGCGCCGCAACAAGAUAACUUGUCAGAGGCGGAAUUCGAACUUGGCGUCGAUGUCGGACUCCAAUCUUAAGGCAGGCACAGCGCAGACUUCUGCGGAAGCGGGCCUGAAGCUCUUCCCAGCGGAUGAAAGCAACGCGGAGACUCGUGGCUAUUCCGUGCAGAAUCUCAAUCACGGGUACGAGGCAGCGUUAGCGAGACACGCCAUGAUGCUCUGUCGGCAAAUGGAGGACCAACGGAGGUCUCAAAGCAAAGUCUCCGCGCAUCCAAGACCAAAGCAGCGCGGCCACUUCGGACGUCCAACCUCGCACUUAAAGUCUAGGCUGCAGAAUUCUUCCACAUCGUCGACACCCAGUAACACCAGGGCGUCGAGCUCUGAAACGGAUAAUCCGAAGCGUGGCCAAUACUCGUCGAGCAUGCCACGUGUGGCUAUCACCCCAAACAAGUUGGCCAGUCUCAUCCAUCUGGAUCCACCGCCGAGAGGCACGCGUACGUACAAAAUGGACCUUACUGCCAGAACCAUGACUCGAGCCCGCAGAAAUUUGGACAUAAUGAGGCAUUCCGAGUCGAUCAACACGAUCGACCCAGUGACGCAUCGCGUAACUUUAUUGGAGCCUUCCAAAGUAAUGGACUCUUUGACCGUUCCGACGAUACAUUCGGAACCACCGAGUCCCAUAGAACCACUUCCCUCGACCUCCCUUCAGGAAGAGGAGGCGCAGAGCCUCGAGAUACCAAGGCCCACCGAUGACGUCGUCACGCAACGUAUUAAAUCACCCCUGGGUAAACGAAGUGAUCCCGUGAGACACUCGGACCCGGUGAUACCGACUGUACUGUUGAACAUCGAGGACUUCAGCGAACCGUCCGACUGGAGUAUCGAUCAGCUGGAUCUAGGGAACGAUCUCCCGUCCAAUAACACUCCCACAUUGGAACCAAUCGAUCUCUUCGAGGCGCUGCUGAAAAAUGCGGACAAGGGUGGCAAAGACGCGAGAUUACCGGAGCCCAUCUUUGCCGAGCACGACUCUACUAGGUUCAGCUCGAGACGGCCAUCCGACUCGAAGUGGUCGGAGUCGUCCAGAAGCCAGGAGGUCCUGUCGAACGUAACCGAGCACCAAGCGUUCCCGUCGUCUUACUCGGUGAACGACUUUCAGACCUGCAACAGCGGCAGCGAUCUCAACGACCUCACGUCUCUGGAUCCGUUCAUGUGUCCCGACGCCCUGUCUUCGUCGCUGCGCGAGUCCUUCUUCAGUGCGCCGUCCGUACCCGACUCGGACAUCUUCACGUCUUUCGAGGAAAGCGACGAGCCGGUUUUCACGCCCGAUUCCGAACGCAUCGACACAUCGGCAUACAACUCAAUGUCGACGGUGAAUCUGAGGAGGCGCGCUAUCGAGGCAGCGUUGCAGAGCAGAUCCACGGAUUCGGUGCACCGCCCUAGGUACCCGUCGACCCGUUCCUGCGCGAUUCUCAGACUGCAGCCGGCGACACACAGCAACAAGUUGCGUAUCAAAUCUUGCGCGAAUUAUAUCCUGAAAGAUCCGCCGGGCAAGAGAAAUUCGCGGCUGGCGCCUCUCGCCAUCCCCACGCCCACUGAUAUCUGCACCCCCACGUUCGACGUCGUGUCAGAGAUCAAGGGAGAUAACGGCGUUGGCGUCAGAGUGUGAGGAUGGAAAAUGGGCAAUCGCAAAUCUCAAAGCGUGUAUAGAAUAUCUCGUACAAAUGUUUCGCUAGUCGUACAGAACUUUUGUCUCGAUGGAGUUUAGGAUGAACGGAUGCGAGUGAGAGGAAUUGCGUAUCAAAUCUUGCGCGAAUUAUAUCCUGAAAGAUCCGCCAGGCAAGAGAAAUUCGCGGCUGGCGCCUCUCGCCAUCCCCACGCCCACUGAUUUCUGCACCCCCACGUUCGACGUCGUGUCAGAGAUCAAGGGAGAUAACGGCGUUGGCGUCAGAGUGUGAGGAUGGAAAAUGGGCAAUCCGCAAAUCUCAAAGCGUGCAUAGAAUAUCUCGUACAAAUGUUUCGCUAGUCGUACGGAACUUUUGUCUCGAUGGAGUUUAGGAUGAACGGAUGCGAGUGAGAGGAAUUGCGUAUCAAAUCUUGCGCGAAUUAUAUCCUGAAAGAUCCGCCGGGCAAGAGAAAUUCGCGGCUGCGCCUCUCGCCAUCCCCACGCCCACUGAUUUCUGCACCCCCACGUUCGACGUCGUGUCAGAGAUCAAGGGAGAUAACGGCGUUGGUGUCAGAGUGUGAGGAUGGAAAAUGGGCAAUCCGCAAAUCUCAAAGCGUGCAUAGAAUAUCUCGUACAAAUGUUUCGCUAGUCGUACGGAACUUUUGUCUCGAUGGAGUUUAGGAUGAACGGAUGCGAGUGAGAGGAAUUGCGUAUCAAAUCUUGCGCGAAUUAUAUCCUGAAAGAUCCGCCGGGCAAGAGAAAUUCGCGGCUGGCGCCUCUCGCCAUCCCCACGCCCACUGAUAUCUGCACCCCCACGUUCGACGUCGUGUCAGAGAUCAAGGGAGAUAACGGCGUUGGUGUCAGAGUGUGAGGAUGGAAAAUGGGCAAUCCGCAAAUCUCAAAGCGUGCAUAGAAUAUCUCGUACAAAUGUUUCGCUAGUCGUACAGAACUUUUGUCUCGAUGGAGUUUAGGAUGAACGGAUGCGAGUGAGAGGAAUUGCGUAUCAAAUCUUGCGCGAAUUAUAUCCUGAAAGAUCCGCCGGGCAAGAGAAAUUCGCGGCUGCGCCUCUCGCCAUCCCCACGCCCACUGAUUUCUGCACCCCCACGUUCGACGUCGUGUCAGAGAUCAAGGGAGAUAACGGCGUUGGUGUCAGAGUGUGAGGAUGGAAAAUGGGCAAUCCGCAAAUCUCAAAGCGUGUAUAGAAUAUCUCGUACAAAUGUUUCGCUAGUCGUACGGAACUUUUGUCUCGAUGGAGUUUAGGAUGAACGGAUGCGAGUGAGAGGAAUUGCGUAUCAAAUCUUGCGCGAAUUAUAUCCUGAAAGAUCCGCCGGGCAAGAGAAAUUCGCGGCUGCGCCUCUCGCCAUCCCCACGCCCACUGAUUUCUGCACCCCCACGUUCGACGUCGUGUCAGAGAUCAAGGGAGAUAACGGCGUUGGCGUCAGAGUGUGAGGAUGGAAAAUGGGCAAUCGCAAAUCUCAAAGCGUGCAUAGAAUAUCUCGUACAAAUGCUUCGCUAGUCGUACGGAACUUUUGUCUCGAUGGAGUUUAGGAUGAACGGAUGCGAGUGAGAGGAAGCCAGAGCCGUUUCAGUGCUCGUCAUUCGGUAAUUUAGAAAACCAAUAUUAUUCGAUGAUUAGUCUAAUAUUACAUUUCUAUUAACUCUUUUAUUUAUUUAUACUUUUACAGUUUUCUAUUAUGCUUCACUCUUUCAAGAAAAUAUUCAUAUCUCCAUUUUUCACGUAAAACAAUUUGCAAUCUUGAUCUUCGAAAUACUUCCUUAAUUAACUUCACAGCUACGUCGUUGAGAACAAAACUUCAGUGUUUUCUCUAUUCUAACAAAUCAUGGGAAAUCUCUAAAAGCUGAUGUGUGUUGGAUUGCAAUAGUGCGAUGUACCUACAAACAACUCGCGGAUUAAAGAAUAAGAAACUCUACGACUAGUGUCGCUACUUCGAUGGCUGUUCAAGUUAAUAAACGUAUUUGACGAGUUAGUAAACGUGUAUUCGAAUUAGUAAAAUGUAAAAGAGAAACAGUGCCGGAUCUUUUGCGAUAACGAGACUAAAUUAUUAUUUGCCUAAAUUAGCGGUAUUUAAAAAUGUGAAUUAAUAUUCAUCAGGUAUCGAGGGAAAAAUACUCUUUGCGCGGUCCAAAUAGCUGCCUGCGAUCUGGUAUCGUUUAUGUAAAUACCUGAUAUUAAGCGUGCGAUCACGUUUAUAGUCUGCGAAUCGGCCCGCAAAUCAGAAUAAUUAUUCUGAAGUUUUGUGAAUCAGAAUCGCGUGCCGUGCCGAAUCUCAAGUUUCACAACAGUCAUCGAGUUAAGCCUGUAACCUGUUACUGUUUGUGUACCUGAUGAAAAAUGAUAUAUUUAUACAUAUACAUCAUAUUACAUAUGUUCGCUGACGAGAAAAGUGAAUAUACCGCAGAAAAUUUACUUAUUUUUUAACAGACUAAACAUUUCUUCAACUUAUACAGUUACUUUGUUUUCCAUUAACAAUGAUAUACAAUGGCAAUGUAUGAAAUCAUAUUUUAUUACAUAUAAUAUGAAAUAAGGAAGCGUAAGAUUGAAAAUGACAAACAGAUACAGAUAACUGAAUCGUAUACAGCAGCUAUAGCAGGAAAAAAGGACCAAAAAUGAAACAAAAAUAUAAAUUAUAAAGGACAUCUAAUAGAGUUAGACACACAACCGUUGCAUGGGACAUGCAACAAAUCCGAAGCUAUUUUCCAUUACAUGUUACUUGCUUUUUGAUAUUUCAUUGCGCGCUAUUCAUAACUACAUACUUCGAUUUUUCUGAAAACAUUUCAUGAAGACCUUCAACUUUUAUAUUAUCGCUGUAAAAAUCGCUUUGCUAGCUCGAGUGGUGAAUAUAUCUACGACGCGAAGUAAUCGUGUCACCCUCACAACUGAAAAUGCCAAUUAAAGACAAGUACUUUUAUACAUACGAUAACCAAGAGUGAAGUCAUGUGUAAAUGUAAAUUAUUUUUAUCGUAUACUCUUACAUACAUUUUUCAAAAAAUAAAGUUUCCUAUAUACUCCAAGUACCUAAACGGUGUCUCCGUAUUUAAAAUAAUUUAAAAAUCAAACCGUUUAUCGGAAAAAUGCACAUCUCCAAAUGCAGGUAGUUAAGAAAAUUUUGCUCCAUUUACGUUGACUUGCGAUUUGUCUUCCAUACAUCGUAACAUGCAAGUAUAAUAAACAGGAUCUGAUAUAUCAGUCUUAGGAUUUUCUUUUUCUGCUUCUUAUGUAUUGUGCAGUAACAUAUAACAUCGCAUAUCAACUAUCGAUGAAUGUUUUCAGUUAAUAAUGAUUUUAAGUACUUUAAAUAUAUAAACCGUGAAAGGAGAGAAUAUUUUUGAUUCAACUCAAGAAAGUAUAAAGAGAAUAAAUUUGUUAUGAUUUCUCAAAAUAUUCUCAAGUUAUUUUAAACACAUUAUUUGAUCAUUAUCUUACAGCAAAGUCACAGCAAGGUACCGAAAAUUUAUUACAGUAUUAUAACUUUUCGUGAUUCUUCACGGAAGACACCGUUACAAUACAAACUCUGUAAGAAUAAAACUCCAGUAUUCACGGAAGUGACAGGCACUGAUAUAUUUUUAUGAACUAUCUUUAUUGUUGUUUAUAAAUGUUAAGCAUGAGAAUGAAAUCUUAGAUUCACGGCCAAUACGACUCCAACCAAAAAGAAGAUUAAAACGUAGCCUUCCUUCUACGCUACAGGAACGUGAUUUGAGAAUAGACAUGUCGAUUUUCGAUAGUACUGGGCAUUAUACAAAAGUAAAAUGCCAAGAAAAUAUUGAUCGAAAAACUAAAUUAAAUUUCAUCAUCUUAGAGAAAAAAAUUUACCAAUACUAAAUAAUCUUUCAUUUAUCUAUAGGAAUCAAAGAAUGAACUUGGGGAUAAACAAAAAGUAUAUGGUAAUCUCUUAUGUAGAGUGUAAAAAAGAUGUAAAGCAACAAUAAAGCUAACAUUGAAAUGAAUUUCCUUCAUACACUAGUUUUAAUUCAAUACACAAAAUUUUUCGCAUCAGCAAAAGAUUAUUGGUGUGUAACAACAAUUUAAAAAGAAAUAAAGAAAUAAUAACAUCGAUAUUGCUUAAUGUCGAUAUAUAACUUAUAUUUUUUAUUAUUGUUUUAAUGGAAUCGAAAACUAUAAGCGAGACCGAUGAGAUGGUGAAAUGUUACAUCAGAGCAUUGUAGUUAUGCAAUCAUGUAUGUUUUUGUAUAUACAGAAAAAUAUAAUACAUUAAUUAUAUUCAAAACG